UACUUCCUGACUUAUAAAAUGCCUACACACAUCCUUUCUUCAUUCCAACUCCAUCACACCAUGGCUAAGCGGGUUUUUACUUUUGGUAAAGGAAGAAGUGAAGGCAACAAAGGCAUGAAAUCAUUGUUGGGAGGAAAAGGAGCAAAUCUAGCUGAGAUGGCAAGCAUAGGUCUAUCAGUCCCUCCUGGGCUCACUAUUUCAACUGAAGCUUGUAAUGAAUAUCAACAAAUUGGGAAAAAGCUGCCUCCAGGUCUGUGGGAUGAGAUUUUGGAAGGCUUGCAGUACGUGCAGAACGAGAUGGGCGCAUCUCUCGGUGACCCCUCCAAGGCUCUCCUCCUUUCUGUCCGCUCCGGUGCUGCAAUAUCAAUGCCUGGUAUGAUGGACACCGUAUUGAACCUUGGACUUAACGAUGAGGUUGUGGCUGGUUUAGCCGGGAAAAGUGGAGCACGGUUUGCAUAUGAUUCAUACAGGAGGUUUUUGGACAUGUUCGGAGAUGUUGUAAUGGGAAUCCCACACUCAUUAUUUGAGGAAAGAUUAGGACAGUUGAAAGCGGAAAGAGGGGUUAAGCUUGAUACAGAUCUCACUGCUUCUGAUCUUAAAGAUCUUGUUGAGCAAUACAAAAAUGUAUAUGUUGAAUGGAAGGGUGAAAAGUUUCCUUCAGAUCCGAAGAAACAGUUAGAGUUGGCAGUGAAUGCGGUUUUUGAUUCUUGGGACAGUCCGAGGGCCAAUAAGUACAGGACUAUUAACCAGAUAACGGGAUUGAAGGGGACUGCAGUUAACAUUCAAUGCAUGGUGUUUGGCAACAUGGGGGACACUUCAGGAACCGGAGUUCUCUUCACCAGGAACCCAAGCACCGGUGAGAAGAAGCUAUACGGGGAGUUUUUAAUCAAUGCUCAGGGAGAAGACGUUGUUGCUGGAAUCAGAACACCACAGGACUUGGUCACCAUGAAGAAUUGCAUGCCAGAAGCAUACACAGAGCUUGUAGAGAAUUGUGAGAUCUUAGAACGACACUACAAAGAUAUGAUGGAUAUUGAGUUCACAGUUCAAGAAAACAGACUUUGGAUGUUGCAAUGCCGAGCAGGGAAGCGAACUGGAAAAGCUGCAGUUAGAAUUGCAGUAGAUAUGGUGAACGAAGGGCUAACUGAUACGCGAACAGCAAUUAAGAUGGUCGAGCCUCAACAUCUAGAUCAGCUUCUUCAUCCACAGUUCGAGGAUCCGUCUGCUUACAAAAACCAAGUGGUAGCAACUGGUUUGCCUGCAUCCCCUGGAGCAGCCAUUGGGCAGGUUGUAUUUAGCGCCGAGGAUGCUGAAGCAUGGCAUGCACAAGGAAAGAGUGCCAUUUUGGUGAGGACGGAUACAAGCCCAGAAGAUGUUGGUGGUAUGCAUGCUGCGGCUGGGAUCUUAACAGCGAGAGGAGGAAUGACAUCACAUGCAGCAGUGGUGGCUCGUGGAUGGGGGAAAUGUUGUGUUUCUGGCUGUGCUGAUAUUCGUGUGAAUGAUGAUACGAAGGUUCUUCUAAUCGGAGAUAAGGUGAUUAAAGAAGGCGAAUGGCUUUCACUUAAUGGUUCCACAGGUGAAGUUAUAUUGGGUAAACAGCCACUGGCUCCACCUGCGAUGAGCACUGAUAUGGAAAUAUUCAUGUCAUGGGCUGAUCAAGUAAGACGUCUCAAGGUUAUGGCGAAUGCAGACACACCUAACGAUGCCUUAACAGCGAGGAAUAAUGGUGCUCAAGGGAUUGGACUUUGUAGGACUGAGCAUAUGUUCUUUGCUUCCGAUGAGAGGAUAAAAGCUGUAAGGAAGAUGAUUAUGGCCGUUACUACUGAACAGAGAAAAGCGUCUUUAGACCUGUUACUGCCUUACCAAAGAUCCGAUUUUGAGGGCAUUUUCCGAGCAAUGGAUGGACUUCCGGUGACAAUCCGUCUUUUAGAUCCUCCACUACAUGAAUUUCUACCCGAAGGUGAUCUAGAACAAAUUGUGAGUGAACUGACCGAGGAUACCGGCAUGACAGAAGAUGAAGUUUAUUCAAGGAUUGAGAAGUUAUCUGAAGUGAACCCAAUGCUCGGUUUCCGAGGCUGCAGGCUUGGAAUUUCAUAUCCGGAGCUAACAGAGAUGCAGGUUCGUGCGAUCUUUCAAGCUGCAGUGUCUAUGACCAACCAAGGCGUGACGGUUUUCCCAGAGAUCAUGGUUCCGUUAGUUGGGACACCUCAGGAAUUAGGACAUCAAGUUGGUGUAAUUCGGAGUGUUGCAAAGACGGUUUUCGCUGAAAUGGGAAUGUCAUUGAAGUACAAGGUUGGAACCAUGAUUGAGAUUCCUCGAGCAGCUUUAAUCGCCGAUGAGAUUGCAAAGGAAGCAGAGUUCUUCUCUUUUGGGACCAAUGAUCUCACCCAAAUGACAUUCGGGUACAGUAGAGAUGAUGUUGGGAAGUUUCUUCCUGUGUAUCUAUCACAAGGCAUUCUACAGCACGAUCCCUUUGAGGUUCUUGAUCAACAAGGGGUGGGUCAAUUGAUCAAGAUGGCCACGGACAAGGGGCGUGCUGCAAAUCCGAACUUAAAGGUUGGGAUAUGUGGAGAGCACGGUGGAGAUCCCUCUUCUGUUGCAUUUUUUGACGGGGUUGGACUAGAUUAUGUCUCUUGCUCUCCAUUCAGGGUCCCUAUCGCGAGGCUAGCAGCUGCGCAAGUCGCUGUUUGAGCUUCAGAACGAGGAUGAUUGAUUUACGUGUUAGACGUUUCUCAUUGUUGUAUAUAAAUAAUUGUCGUUUUUAUUAUUCUUAAAAUGGCAAAAGAUGAACAACGAAAUAGACGCUUAUAUCGUUGCUUGGUAUACAAGAAUGGACUUAUCAAACGCAUC